UGUUUGUUAUUAUUCCGCAUUUCCAGAAUUUGGUAAUUUUAAAUUUACAUCUUACUGCAUUGGUAGGUAAAGAUCUGGCUUGCGACUAAAUAAGUUCAGAUUUGACAGAACUCUAUUAUUUAUUAGUCUGAAGCAGAAAAAAUGUCAGAAAAAGAGUCUAAAAAAAAGGUUAUAUCUCAAAAGGAUUAUCUAAAAAGAUAUCUUUCUGGCAUAAAGAAGAAAAAAGAUAAAAUCAAAAUUCAAAAAAGAGUACAAAUUAUUGAUGACAAUAUUGAUUAUGUUGAAAAUGAAGAUGGAAAUAACAUUGAAUUUGAUCCUGUUGAUGAAUUUGCACCUCAAAUUGUAGGUGUUAUUGAUGAGAGACCUCAAGAUAUUAAGACAUUGGACAUGUACAAAAAUAAAAAUCGGUGGAAACGAUUAGGUGGAGAUAGUGACAUUGAAGAAGAUUCUACUAAAAUCAAUGUUGAUCAAGUCAACAAUUAUGUACAGCAAAUAAAUAAAUCCACUUUAAAUGAUAUCAUAAAAGAGGAAAAUGAAGAGUCAAUAGAAAAUGGUAUGCCUAUUAGACGUGACCGAAAAACGGGUAAGAAACGAGACCUCAAAAAAGAAAGAGAAGAAGAAAGAAAAAAAGAAGAAAUAUUAAAAGAGCAUAAAGCAAAAUAUGCUAUAUGGGGAAAAGGUGUAAAACAAGUCAAGGAUGCUGAAGAACAAUACCAAUCUGAUUUGCAUGAAAUGCAAAAACCAUUAGCAAGAUAUGCAGACGAUCAAGACCUGGAGAAUUUGUUAAAGUCUAAAAUCAGAGAAGGAGAUCCAAUGCUUGAAUAUAUCACAAAAAAUAAAGGAUCAGGUGAAGAGUCUCCUGAUGGUGUGAGACAUGAAGUAAGAGAGUUUCGAGGAUUUUGUCCACCAAAUAGGUUUGGCAUACGCCCAGGAUUUGCUUGGGAUGGUGUAGACAGAUCAAAUGGUUAUGAACAGAAAUGGCUAUUGCAGCUAAAUUCUCAGAAAGCUGUGGGAGAUGAAGCAUACAAAUGGAGCUGUUCUGACAUGUGAAUUUGUGUGAUCAAAGUUUCAAGUUUAUUAUAAUUGGCACCUAUAAUUAUGUUAAUGUGUAUUCAGACCAAAGUCUAUUAUUAUUAAAUUAU